AUGGAUGUAAGGAGCCUAAAACCCGCGUUUAACACUGGCAAAGAGAGAGUUGAUUGCCAAACCACUACGUCUGCAAUGCUGUCAAUUCCACUUUCUCAAGUUUUAAAGGAGGUCGCCACAACCACGAAGACGGGUACAGUCAGGACUGCCCCGGGUAGUUCGAUGAAACCCACCGAUGGAGUUAUACCGGAGAUCACCACAACCACGGAAACGGGUACAACGGCAGUCAGGACUGCCCCGGGUAGUUCAAUGAAACCCACCGAUGGAGCUACAAAAGCUGUGAAUAAAUUCCCAAUCAUGUUUCUCGUUGUUUUCUUCAUUUGUGAGUUGACAGUCUCUUUCGAUUAA